CUGUGCCCCCUCACCGACCUUUUAUAGUUCACAGUGAAAAAACCGAUCAAGAGAAAAAGGAUUCCGCCAACCGAUAAACUAAAACUUCGAUAACUGAAGCCCUCGAACCGAAAUCCCUUCCCACUCUCAAAAAUGGGAAGUUCAAACGCUGCCUUGACCGACGACGAUUCCGCCACCGUCACCAAGACCGACUCCGAUUCCGAUUCCGCUACUGAAACUGACGAGGAAUUCUGUAAACGUUACGAUACCUUUCUUUUCAGAGAAGACGAGAAAGUCCUCGCUUACCAUAGCCGCUUCAUAUACUUGGCUAAAGUUCUAAAAUGCGAAAAAAGGAGCAACGGCUGGCAUUAUUUCGUUCAUUAUCUUGGGUGGAAAAAGAACUGGGAUGAAUGGGUAGGUGUGGAUAGGUUAAUGAAAUUUACAGAAGAGAAUCUGCAAAAACAGGAAGCACUUAACAAGAAACUGAAGGAAGAAAAGAAGGGUGAAUUUCGAACUUCAAAGAGAGGAACAUCGCUCGUGUCCAUGAGGCAUCCCAAAGGUAGUAGGGGCAAAAAGCAAAACAGUGAUUAUAUUUGCAAGGAUAAGCAGAAUGUACUUUCAGAUAGUUCAGAAAAGCUUGUGAACAUUCGAAUUCCGCUCACUCUGAAGAAGCAACUAAUUAACGAUUGUGAAUUUAUUACUCAUUUGGGAAAGCUUUUUGCACUUCCGCGUACUCCAAAUGUGGAAGACAUAUUGAAGAUGUAUAUUGAUUACAGAUAUAAGAAGGAUAACACGGUAUCCGAUUCAGUAAGAGAAAUCUUUAAAGAGAUAUGUGCUUACUUCAACAAAGCUUUACCUGUGAUACUUUUGUACAAAAGUGAGCGUAAGCAGUAUCGUUGUAUUUUUACAGAGGAUCUCUGUCCAUCCAUCGUAUAUGGGGCUGAACAUCUGCUGCGUCUCUUUGUGAAAUUGCCCGAGUUAUUGAUGCGUACAGACAUUGAGCAGAAGACGUUAUUGGAGUUGCAGCAAAAUUUAGUUGACUUCCUCAAGUUCUUGCAGAAGAAUCAGAAUGCCUUAUUUCUCUCCAUUGACCAUGUUGUAGAAGAUGUUGAAACGAGCACCAGUAAACAUGAUAACUAAAUGCAGACACUUCUUCCAGACCGUUUGUACAAUACACCAAUAAGUGGUUGAAAGUUUCUUCCACCUUACAUCAAUGCUUUUCUUUUGGCUUAGAAAAGAGGUUACUGAAACAUGUGUUGUUUGUCUGUAAUUGGAUUGCCUUUUUAAGAACAGUUUAUAUCUAUAUAUUU